CAGUCUGAAACCUGUAUUCUUUCAUUUGUGAUUAAAAUGGCUAAAGAAAUGUUAAUAGACUACUUGAUAGUAUUUCCGCUUGUAUGAUACGGUGUUAGAGAUAAAGCCAAGAAGAAACUGGGCCAAGAAAAAGUAUAUUAGAAUUCGUGACAAUAUAAAUAAAGAUUUAUAAAAGAAAAACCUGAUUCUAAGGUGUUCUAAUUGUUUACUUCUGUAUAGAUAAUUAUAUUUAUAACAUAUAAAAUUAAGUUUUCAAUAAAAUAAAAUGUUUCUAUUAAAAUUCUUGAUAGAGACAUUUAUUUUUGUAUUAUUUUAUGACUUUGCUAUUUCUAAACAAUGGGAAAGUGGUUUACGUGAAAGAUACGAUGGAUAUGGAGAAGAUUGGAUAUUUAUGCCAGAUGGAAAUGAUUUACCUCAAGUAGCAAUAUUAAAGUACGAAGAUAGUAUGAGAGGUAUUCUCGAUAGUGAAAACAUUUCUUAUAUCCUUUACACAAGGUCUGGUCCAGAAAAUGGCACGAGACUUAUGAUUAAUGAUACUGCAGGACUUUUCGAUUCAGAUUUUAAAGCAUCACGAAAAACAAAGUUCAUAACACAUGGAUGGAAGUCCAGUUCUAUGAGCUCUGGUCUCAGAAACAUGAAAGAAGCUUACUUGCAACACGAUGAUUACAAUGUCAUUCUUGUUGACUGGGAACCUUUAGCUGCAAGUACCUUUUAUCUUGGUCCCAUGCAAAAUACCGUUCGUGUAGGAAAGGAUGCUGCUAAUUUCAUCGACUUUUUAGUUACAGAAACUGAUUUAACCGCUGAAGACGUUCAUUUCCUCGGUCAUUCUUUGGGUGCGCAUGUAGCUGGUAAUGCUGGAGAUGCAAUAACUUCUGGUAAAUUAGGCAGAAUUACCGGAUUGGACCCAGCAUUGCCUGGAUUCCACAUGCUUGCUUCUAAUAAAACUCGUUUGGAUUUAACCGAUGCGAUAUUUGUUGAUGUUAUUCAUUCUUGUGGUGGUAUUCUAGGUUAUCUUCAACCCCUAGGUAAAAUCGAUUUUUAUCCAAAUGCAGGAACAGCUGUUCAACCUGGUUGUUGCUGUGUCCCAGAAGUCAUGGAAGCUUGCAGUCACGGACGAUCCUACGUUUAUUUUACAGAAAGUAUUAAUUCCAAGACUGGAUUUCCUGCAGUAAAAUGCGAAAAUUGGGAUCGUUAUAUAAAUGGUGAUUGCAUUGAUUCCAGGAUAGUUUUAAUGGGAGAACAUGUAGAUAAAUCUGCUAGUGGAUCUUAUUUUCUUAGAACACGAUCUGAACCACCUUAUGCGUAUCUACCAGAAAUAACCAACAAUGAUAUUUAAAUUCUAAUUUUGUUAUAAUAGGAAAAAAACAAUUCUUAUAAUUCUUUAAUUAUUAUAUCAAAUGAUUAUAGAGUUCAUUCAAUAGUAAUCAAAAUUUGCUUUUCUUGUUUGCUUAAUUACAGGUAAUAUACAAUAUAGCACUAUAUUCUAAAAAAUGUAUACUUGAUUUGCUUUAAUAAAUAUUAACUAUAUUGUUUUGCAGUUAAACAACUUUUAUCAUUUAUAAUUCAGCUUACCUACAAAUUCAGCUAUUUGAAUAGUGAGUGCAAUUCAUUAUUCAUAUAAUGAUAUCGUUCCAAAAUAAUUAAGUAUCACGCAUGUAGGAAUGAUGUAAAUCAUUAAAUUGGUUUAUAUAAUAGAGUAGUUACAUAUUUUUUUCGAUAGCGAUGCGUGGCUGAUAAAACCAUAACACUAUCUUUAAUACUCAAAGCAUAUAAAUGAUUCAA